AUGAAAAUACGUCCAUCAUUGGACCAAAAUGGAAUUUACAAUGUGACGAGACAACUGCAAGAGACAGUCUGGCUUGCAAUGAAUGCCAGCAAUAACCCAGUUAUUCUAAAGAGUGUCAACCGUUUUCGCUUCCAGAAUGAACGAGACGUGUUGAUGCAUUUCCAAUCUAAAACGCCUUUCAUACGCCCCUUGGUUGAUGAGGUCGUGGAUCCACCAACGAUUGUCUUGAAAUAUCUAAACGAUAACCUGUUGAAUGCAUCCAUCUCACAAAGGCUUACGAGUACAGAGAUUAAGCACGUUUCCAGACGCAUUUUAGAAGCAUUGAGGGUUCUACGUAAAGAUCGCUUUGUGCAUACAGACAUCAAACCCGACAAUAUCCUCGUCAACCACGGCCAAGAUGAACGCUUUACAGAUGUUCAAUUAGCAGACUUCGGCAGCACCGUCCCCUCUGAUUCAGGAUAUGCCAAAGAAGGUGAUUUGAUCGGGACACCCAUUUGGAGGAUCCCCGAAGCCCAUCUCGGAAUUGGGUGGAGUACCUCGACAGAUAUAUGGUCAUUCGGUGCAUCGGCAGGUGUUUCUAUUGAUCAUGAGGACUACGAACUUAAGACUCUGCAGAGACAGUGCGAGUUCUUCGGGCCGUUUCCUAUGACGUAUCGCGAGAUCUGCGCUCCCGAGACACUGAAUACUCUGGCGUAUAUCAUGCAGAGUAUUCCACCUGAAAAGAAGAAGCCAUUCGCACGUAUUACAGAGAAGGAGAUUUCCGAAGAAGAUAAAGGUUUCGUUGUGAAGAUAAUGAAGCUGGACCCGAGGGAUAGACCUUCCGCUGCUGAGCUUUUGCACAAAAGGUGGUUCAGCUGA